GUUACAUUUCCCAAGUCUCUGGAUAAUAUGAAAACAGGCUAACCAGCUCUGCCAGGACGAGUAUAAUGGUCAGAGUGAGCUGUUUGGAAGUAGCUAGCCGACGUUAGCCAGUUAGCUUGGAUGCUUGACUACCGUUGAACACUACUCCUUGGCCAGAGCGUCCAGGGUGCGCUCUGAACGCUCCGAGAUAUACGAACGGACAAUCUGACAACGGGAAGGCCCGGAAUGAAGUACUCUGGCACUCCAGAAUGAAUUUACGAACACACCCCGGAAAUCGUCUAGCUGGUGUUUUGUUACGCUAACAAGCUAGCAAGACGUUGCAUAGCAACAGCAUCAACUUCCGGUGGACAGGAGAAGCUCUAGAAUUGAUUUUACGCUCAACUGGAACGAUAGUCUUCCUUUACAGUAUACUAAAAUGAACUAAUAGUAUAUAGUAUUUACUCAUUAAAUAUUCUUCAAGAUGGCGGAGAGCACGGAUCUGGAGCAGCUGAUGAACUCCUUUAAGAAGUUUGCGAUCCACGGAGACACCAAGGCUACAGGGAAGGAGAUGAACGGGAAGAACUGGGCUAAACUGUGUAAAGACUGCAAGAUCAUCGACGGGAAGAACGUCACCGGCACUGACGUGGAUAUCGUCUUCACUAAAGUCAAAGCAAAGACGUCCCGGGUGAUCACCUACGAGGAAUUCCAAAGAGCCCUGGAGGAGCUGGCCCCUAAGAGGUUUAAAGGUCAGAGCAAAGAGGAGGCCCUAACGUCUGUCUACAAGCUGAUAGAGGGCAAGGAGCCCACCAACGUAGGAGUCACGAAAAUGGCGAAGACAGCCGCAGUGGACAGACUGACGGACACCACCAAGUACACGGGCUCCCACAAAGAGCGCUUCGACGAGAGCGGGAAGGGGAGGGGUAAGGGAGGGCGGGAGGAGCUGGUGGAGAAAACGGGAUACGUCGGCUCCUACAAGAACGCCGGAACCUACGAGGAGAAAACCAAGGCUAAGUAGCCCACCGGGCCAGGCGGGGUGGUCAACAGGCCCAGUAGAACACCGGGCCAGGCGUGGUAGUCAACAGGCCCAGUAGACCACCGGGCCAGGCGUGGUAGUCAACAGGCCCAGUAGACCACCGGGCCAGGCGUGGUAGUCAACAGGCCCAGUAGACCACCGGGCCAGGCGGGGUGGUCAACAGGCCCAGUAGACCACCGGGCCAGGCGGGGUGGUCAACAGGCCCAGUAGACCACCGGGCCAGGCGUGGUAGUCAACAGGCCCAGUAGACCACCGGGCCAGGCGUGGUAGUCAACAGGCCCAGUAGACCACCGGGCCAGGCGGGGUGGUCAACAGGCCCAGUAGACCACCGGGCCAGGCGUGGUAGUCAACAGGCCCAGUAGACCACCGGGCCAGGCGUGGUAGUCAAAAGGCCCAGUAGACCACCGGGCCAGGCGGGGUGGUCAACAGGCCCAGUAGACCACCGGGCCAGGCGGGGUGGUCAACAGGCCCAGUAGACCACCGGGCCAGGCGGGGUGGUCAACAGGCCCAGUAGACCACCGGGCCAGGCGGGGUGGUCAACAGGCCCAGUAGACCACCGGGCCAGGCGUGGUAGUCAACAGGCCCAGUAGACCACCGGGCCAGGCGGGGUGGUCAACAGGCCCAGUAGACCACCGGGCCAGGCGUGGUAGUCAACAGGCCCAGUAGACCACCGGGCCAGGCGUGGUAGUCAAAAGGCCCAGUAGACCACCGGGCCAGGCGGGGUGGUCAACAGGCCCAGUAGACCACCGGGCCAGGCGGGGUGGUCAACAGGCCCAGUAGACCACCGGGCCAGGCGGGGUGGUCAACAGGCCCAGUAGACCACCGGGCCAGGCGGGGUGGUCAACAGGCCCAGUAGACCACCGGGCCAGGCGGGGUGGUCAACAGGCCCAGUAGACCACCGGGCCAGGCGUGGUAGUCAACAGGCCCAGUAGACCACCGGGCCAGGCGGGGUGGUUAACAGGCCCAGUAGACCACCGGGCCAGGCGGGGUGGUCAACAGGCCCAGUAGCCCACCGGGCCAGGCGGGGUGGUCAACAGGCCCAGUAGCCCACCGGGCCAGGCGGGGUGGUCAACAGGCCCACAACAUGGCAUGUAUCCCAAAUGACAUCCUACUCUACAUAGUCCACUACUUUGACCAGAGCACUACGGGUCCUGCUAUAAAGUAGUGCACUAUAUAGGGAAUAGAGUGCCAUUUGAGACGCUUCCAGGGUCACUAUAUCCUAGCCCCCCCCCCCCAUAUAGUUGGGACCAAACCCUGAACCCCGAACUCUGACCUUUGACCCCUAACCACAGGCUUAACCCCAGGCCCUGUCGACAGAGACUGUCCUGUCUUAUCUUUGAUAUGUUCUGAGGGGGGGGGUGUUGUGAUUGGGGAUGAUGAGAGAGCUGCUUUUUACUCUUAGGAUGUUGUUAUAGUUGUGUUUGAGUCUAGAGAGGGUGUGAGGCGAUCUCCUUAAACAGAGAUAUGACCGACAGAGAGGGUGUGAGGCGAUCUCCAUUAAGAGAGAUAUGACCGAUAGAGAGGGUGUGAGGCGAUCUCCUUAAACAGAGAUGUGACCGACAGAGAGGGUGUGAGGCGAUCUCCUUAAACAGAGAUAUGACCGACAGAGAGGGUGUGAGGCGAUCUCCUUUAACAGAGAUAUGACCGACAGAGAGGGUGUGAGGCGAUCUCCUUAAACAGAGAUAUGACCGACAGAGAGGGUGUGAGGCGAUCUCCUUAAACAGAGAUAGGACCGACAGAGAGGGUGUGAGGCGAUCUCCUUUAACAGAGAUAUGACCGACAGAGAGGGUGUGAGGCGAUCUCCUUUAACAGAGAUAUGACCGACAGAGAGGGUGUGAGGCGAUCUCCUUAAACAGAGAUAUGACCGACAGAGAGGGUGUGAGGCGAUCUCCUUAAACAGAGAUAUGACCGACAGAGAGGGUGUGAGGCGAUCUCCUUAAACAGAGAUAUGACCGACAGAGAGGGUGUGACGCGAUCUCCUUUAACAGAGAUGUGACCGACAGAGAGGGUGUGAGGCGAUCUCCUUAAACAGAGAUAGGACCGAUAGAGAGGUUGUGAGGCGAUCUCCUUAAACAGAGAUAGGACCGACAGAGAGGGUAUGAGGCGAUCUCCUUAAACAGAGAUAGGACCGAUGUGUGUUUACAGAUGACUAGAUCAGAAUGCUCUGUUCACUGUCACACCUGGCCUGCCCUGAGACUGUACAUAGACCUGUGAUAUAUACCUUUUACCUUGCUUUGUUCUUUAACAUGUUGAGUUGCACUGUGACAGACUGAUGCAAGAGUUGCUCUGGAAUUGAAUGAAACAUCCCCACUGUAAAGUAAAACGUCAGCACCAAGACCGUGAUUAGACGAAAAAAUACAUACCGGUAAAAUAAUCUGACAUUGUGCCGUGUUCCAUAGGCUUCAAACUAUGAAUGUCCUCUUUGAUUUGAGUUUACUGACAGUAUAUUUAAUCUUCCUCCUCCUUCAUCUUCCUUACAGUAUGAAACAUCUUCCUCCUCCUUCCUUACAGUAUGAAACAUCUUCCUCCUCCUUCAUCUUCCUUACAGUAUGAAACAUCUCUCAAACUCCUAGUUUCAGGGUUUCGUCUUUAAUAAGACUAUCGUUUUAGAACUAGCUAGCUUUUUAAUUCUGACACUAUUUCUUAAACGUUCGUUGCUUUUCAAUUUAUUUUUCUCACUUUUGGUUCUUUUUUGAUUUGUUUGUUUGUUUUGUUUGUUUGUUUUGUUUGUUUUGUAGAAACUGGACAACGGCUGCCUUGAAGGGGAAAUUGUUGUAUAAAAAAUUGGUAAUAAAAUAUUUUUGUCUUUA